AUGGCGGAUAUCCAGGAGCGUCUCAAGAAGCUCGGUGCUCAGAGCGCACGCAGCGGUAUUGGCAAGGGUACUCCCCGUCGUGCUGCCAAGCGCGCUCCCGCCCGCUCCGGCGCCGACGACAAGAAGCUCCUCCAGACCCUGAAGAAGCUCAACACCCAGCCCAUCCAGGGUAUCGAGGAGGUGAACAUGUUCAAGGAGGACGGUAACGUGAUCCACUUUAAGAAUCCUAAGGUCAACGCCUCCGUCCCCUCCAACACCUUUGCCAUCUACGGCAACGGCGAAGAGAAGGACCUGACCGAGCUCGUCCCCGGCAUCCUCAACCAGCUUGGCCCCGACUCCCUGGCCUCUCUCCGCAAGCUCGCCGAGAGCUACCAGGCCAUGUCCAAGGGCGAGGGCGCCGAGGGCGAGGACGACGACGAGAUCCCCGACCUCGUCGAGGGCGAGAACUUUGAGAGCAAGGUCGAGUAA